CUCAGGUAGGUGGUCAGCUCCGAGCAGUCGCUGCUGCAACAACUACAAGCGUCACCAUGGGCAGGAUUGUUUUAUUCGAGGAAAAGAACUUCCAGGGUCGCUCUUAUGAGUGCAGCAGUGACUGCUCCGACAUCCACCUGCACCUGAGCCGCUGCAGCUCUUGCCGGGUGGAGAACGGAUGCUUCGUCCUGUACGAUCGCUCCAACUUCAUCGGGAACCAGGUUUUCCUGAAGAGGGGCGAGUACCCCGACCUGAUGCGCGUCGGAAGCAUGACCGGCAUCGGGGCGGUGGUGAUGGACACCGUUCGCUCUUGUCGUCUGGUUCCCAUGCACAGGGGACAGUUUAAGGUGAAGAUCUACGAGCUGGAGAAUUUCGGGGGCCAGAUGCAGGAGCUGCUGGAGGACUGCGAGUCGCUGCAGGACCGCCUGUACAUGUCCGACUGCCAAUCCUGCAACGUGCUGGAAGGCCACUGGCUGCUGUUUGAGCAGCCCAACUUCCGAGGACGUAUGAUCUACGUGAGACCCGGAGAGCACAGGAGCCUGCGGGAGAGCGGCCUGAGCAACGUUAUGAGAAUCAGCUCCAUUCGACGCAUCAUGGAUGUGUGCUAA